GUAAUUUUGAUUAAUUUUUCAAUCAUAUAGCAAAAAGAAAAAAUUUUAUUGUUAGAGUUUGCAAUUUAUAUUUUAAUAGAACUAAAAUAUUUAUCAUGGAAGAUAUUAUAGCAUAAAAACAGAUAAAUGUUGGAUUUUCUCAUAGAGUCAUAUUUAGGUCUAUGAAUUCCUACUAAAAACUAAUGCAUAAACCUGAAAAUAAUUAAUUGAUUCUUUAUGAUGGUAAAACUGUGUAUGAUUACAAUUAUAGGAGGGAAUAGGAGGCAGCUAAGUUAAAUUUUUAUUAGUUUACAAAUUAGAAAUCAAUUGUAAAUGCAACAUUUGUUAACAAAUAUAAAGUAUAUAUGGUGUUGUGUGAGGAUUGGAGGCUGUAUGUUUUUAGGAGAAAUUUUGAUUUGCUAAAUAAGUUCCCAUUUGAUUCAAAGUAUUCUGUAGGAAUGCAUUAUUUAGAAGAAAGCGACUAAAUACUACUUAUAGGUGUUGACUCUAUCGAGCUUGUUAAAUUGGGUAUAACAACUAACAUCCAUUAGUCAAAAUUUUUGACAAACAUUAAAUUCGAAAUCGAAAUGAUAAGCAGUUAAUCAAUAACUCAAAUCUUAGACUGGAAUAAGGGUUAUUUCAUAACAGGAAAGGGAGAAAUAGACGAUGACUAAUAUUUAUUUAUAUGGAGUUUGAAAGACUUGGUAAUAUACUCUAUGAAGAAAUUAGAUAUUAUAUAUAAAAUGUAAAAUCUUGGAAAAAGAGAAAAAAGCAUAUCUGAAAUAUUAUUUAUGAGAGAAUACAGAUAUGUUGUGAGUGGAUAUAAUGAUGGUACAAUCAAAGUAUGGACAUUAUCGAAUAAUAAAAAGAUUAUCCAUACCUUUGAUGGCCAUACUAGAUAAAUAGAUAGUUUCACUCUUCAUACAGACAAAAGAAUGUUUUGGAGUGCUUCAGAAGAUAUGACGAUUAGACUUUGGAAUUUAGAUACAUUUACAAACAUGUACACUUUCCAUUUACAAGGUUCAUUCCACAAGAUUUUGUUGAUAAAUCACUAAAAGUUUAUAGCAGAAUAAGAAGGAGAAAUAUGCAUAGGAAAUAUUUCUAGUGAAAAUGAGCUUAUUUGCAAACAUUAUGGAAAUAUUGUUGCAUUUGAUAAAUCUUAUAAAAAUUACUAUGUAGGAAAAGUUUCAGGAAAUAUUGAAUAUCUAACUUUCACCCUUGAUAAUAACAGUGGAAUGUCAAUUUAUGUGCCAUAUUUUAAAACCUAAGAAAAUUUGCAUGAUCUAUCCAAAAUACCUAUAAGCGUUUUCUAUCCUCCUCCAAAAUCCAAUAAUAUUAUUGAAAUUAUAUCAUGUCCUUAUGAAGAAAAUAUCUUCUACAUGCUCGUAGAAGGAGGAGAUAUCUGCAGAUAUAGGCUAGAAAAAGACACUGGAAUUGUAGAAGAUACAUAUUCUUCAGAAUAAAUUAUGGAUGCUGAUUGCCAUCCAUUGAAUUAAAAAGCAACUACAAUUAAGUUUCUAAAAGCAUUUCCUCCAUAAAUUGAUGUUGAAAUUAAUGACAUAAGGAUAAGAGAACAUGAAGAAAAAGUUGAAAGCAGCUUUGAAAAUUUAACUGAAUUAUUCCUUAAAAAUUAAUUGAUGACCUUAGGAUGCUCCAAAGGAAGCAUAGUAUUUUUGAAUAUAAAUGAUAUGAAAAAGGUUUAUGCCCGUUUUAGCUUUCAUAGAGAGUAGAUUUUAUAAAUCGAUAGUGUUUAUAGCAGUUCUCAUCAAGACUUUUUAUUAGUUUCAUUAUGUGAAGAAUAUAGGAUUAAGGUUGUUAAAUUCCAUCAAAAUAAGAUUUAAUGCAUAUAAGGAUACGAUCUCAAGUAGAAUAUAAGAAUGUAUUCAUGCUUUGACUAGUUGUUUUUACUUAAUUUGAAUGGUGAAUUUGAAGUUUUCAGUUUGAAUUAAGACGCAGAUUUAGUUUGUAAAUAAUCAGAUGAGGGAAAUUUUCAUGAGUCAAAAAUCAUAUCAAUCGAUUUUUUACCUGCCAAAUAGUAUGUCUUAACUGCUGCUGAAGAUAAUAAAGUAAAAUUAUGGCAUAUGGAGAAGAUUUUACUGGCUUAAGUCAAUAUUUAUGAAAAUCUCUGCGGAGCAUAUUUUGCUAGCGAUGAUGGAGAUAUUUUGAUUUCACAUAAUGGAAAGAUAUCUCUUAUAAAGGAGUUUCAUUUUGGUAUUAAGCAAAGCUAGAUAGAAUAGAUAAAUGAUAAAGUUGCUAAAUAAGAUCGAUUAAUUAUCAGCAUUGAUGAGUUUUACAACACAUUAAAAUUUCAAUAAUAUUAAAGCAACAUUAGGUUAAAUUAUAGCUCUAAAGGUAAUAGAAAUGUCAAUUUUGUUGAGGAAGAUUAGUUUAAAAAGAAUAGCUUUGUAAUGAUGAAUCCUAGUCUAAUCAGUCUAAACUAAACAAACUAAAGUGGUCUUUAUAUGAAUUUAUCUUAAAGUUAAAUAAAUCCUGCUAAUAUGAAUGUAAAUGCAGUUACUGCUACUCAUCAUAACUCAGGAGGAUCUAAUAAUUACACUAAUUUUGCAUCUGCUAACUACUCUAUUCUAAAUACCAAAAAAUCAAAUAAAUAGCUUUAAUCUCAGUCUCCAUCGAAAGGUGAUCACAGAACAUCCAUUUUGGUAAAUGGCCAAAAAAGAAUGCAUAGUCUUUCUAUGAUUGAAGAGAGAGAUUAAGACUAGUCUAAAGUUGUUUAACUUACAGGAUAAAACACAAAUAGAAAUAAGGAUUUAAAUAAAAGCAGUAUAGAGGAUUUAAACAUUUCUACUUAAAAAAAAUAAAGCUUAUUAAAUAGCAGCUUUACAACUAAUGUUCGAAGGAGUAACAACUUUUCUGAUAAUAAUUAAAAAACGGCUUUUCAAAACAAUAGCUAAAGCUUAGGAAUGAGGAACAACAACUAAACAAAAUCACCAAAGUAUAUAUAAAGUAUGCCCUAAAGUCUAUCUCCUUUUUCGCAUGCAAAUAUUUAGGUAGAUAAAUAAAAGAAAACAAAACCGAUGACAAUCGUAGAGCAACAAUAUGCUCAAAAAAUGCAAGCUCAGUAAUAAAAUCAUAUAGCAUAAUAGAAGUAACAAUAAAAAUAAGCCAAUUAAACAAGAACAACAACUUUCAUUGACUCCCAAAACUCGUAAAUUGACAAUUAUAAAAAGUUAACAGCUCUACCAAAGAUAGGUCCUUCUAAUCACAGACCAUUGACUAUAAUUGAAAAAUUCACUAACGAAAAACUACUUUCAAAGAAAGUUUUAACAAGAAGAGACAUCACUUUAAAUAAAAUAAUAAUGAGAAACUUAGUUAGAAACCAGUAAGCUAUUUAAGCAGUUUAUGAAACUUAAAUAGUUUAGGGUAUGAAAAUGAACAAUAACAGUAGCUUUUACUCAAAAAACGAUAAGAGUACAAUGUCAAUUUUUGAUAAAAAAUGAAUAAUCGAACUCUAAGUUAUCCAUAACAAAACCAAUAAAAAUGAUAAAUUAAUUAAUAGGUAAAUAAACUGUAAAUAUUCAAUCAUUUUUAAAGAUAAUUAAUUAUAAUAAAAUAUUCAUUUUCUAACAAAUUUUAUACUAUAAAUAUAAAUAUCAAUUUUAUUUCUGUAUGUAUGUACUCAUUUUUAUAAUUAAAAUCAUCAGUAUAAUUCAUUGUCACUGUCUUCUUUAUCAUCAUCUGUAUUACUAUUAAUUACAUAUUAUGAAGGUG